GCUUGACUGUACCUUCUAUCUACCUGCUUAGACUAUUUUUCUACUUCUUGAUUGGUCGCCUCAACAAAAUCCUCUUGAGUAACUUGAACCAAGUCUCUGAACGACGAGAAGGGCACAGGGAAUUUCAACCUGGUAAAGGAUUGCGGGCAACAAUUUGCCUUCAAAAAGUCCUGGCAGGAUGAGCGUGUGUAUUCGCUUUUAUUGAUUAAUUAGCAUCAGACUGCUGUUUCGGAGCAACACGUUAUUAUAGCAGAGGAAUUUCCCCACGUAAGUGAUAAAGAAGUCAGAUCUUCGCUUAUGGUAGCAAUUGUGAAGUGAUUGUUUUAGUUUUCAGUUUGCACUGUGGUUACGCUUCAGUCGUUUGAAUUUUUCUAGCUGUGGUAUUUACAAACGCGCUGACAUCACUGUUAUGCUCAGACGGGGAACAGCGAAAGACAACUAUUAGUGCUGACCGUGAUUAUUUCUCAUCGUUCUCCUGGUCCAGUGGUCAGGGGAAACACUUGCUAGAUUUGGAAUAUUUCAAGCAGGUACCGUUUUCCGUGUAAGUUAUCAUCGCUUCAGCACCGGGAACGGGAAACCCAAAGAAGCACUGAAACGGGACCUGUCGGCUUUUUGCCCUUUAGUAUAAAUUCGUUUUUGCGCGUGCACGGCUAUCUAUUUGGGUCACCUGCUUGAGCUCCCACGCUUUGAUUGUUUUUCACGUUAAAUUUAUUUUAGCUUUACUUCAUGUUUCCUCUGAGCUAUUUUCUGUAUUAUGUGUUUAGAUAUGAAUAUAAUGUCAUCGUUACGCCUGGAUUAGGCAGGUAAUUAGGCUUUUUAAAACCACACUGUAAAAGAUAGCGGAAUAUUAGACGGGAAUAUGGCUAAAAAUACAUUGGACGGUCCGAGGGAUGAUUUGAGCAAGAUUCCAGAUGAAGAGUUGUUGAAAUUGAGCAAGGAAGAUUUGAUAAAAAGACUGAGAAAGGCGGAUAAUGAGAAGAUGAACUUAAUGGUGGAACACGGCAACAUGAUGAAAGACGUCAACCGUAGACUACAGGUCCACCUUCACGAAAUUAGGGGCCUGAAGGAGAUCAACCAAAAACUGCAGGACGAUAACCUCGAACUAAGGGAGCUGUGUUGUUUCCUAGACGAUGACAGGCAAAAGGGCAAAAAGCUGUCCCGGGAGUGGCAGCGGUUCGGCAGGUACACCGCCAGCGUGAUGUGGAAAGAGGUAGGCAUGUAUCAGCAGAAACUGAAGGAGCUGGAGGCCAACCAAGAAACGGUUGUACGUGAGAACGUGGAGCUAAAGGAGAUCAUACUUAUGCUAGAUGAAGAGAGGAAUGGGGCUGGAUCCAGGAGCUCCAUAGAUAGCCAGUCCAGCCUGACCAAUUUGAACGGCGGCUCAGGCACCAUCCGAGAUGUCGGCGACGGGAGCAGUACCUCUAGUACGGGUAGCGCUGGCAGUCCGGAUCACCACCACAACCAUCCACAUAAACCAAGAGAGGCCAAGACAGGCACCAUCAGGAGGUCAAUGGAUGACCUGUCAGCACCCCACCACCACAGAAGCAUCCCAAAUGGACUGAAUGAGGGAAAGGGGUCUAAAGGCAAGGCUGUGCUUCGGACCCUUUCCGAAAAGCAUUCAUCGUCAUCAUCAUCAUCAUCAUUGCACGAUCCGUCUUCAAAUUACAUCCGGCAACUGGAAAGCAAGGUCCGGAUUUUGGAGGACGAUAACAAGCUCCUGACGCAGCCACGUAGCCGCUAUAGUUUACCAAAGAUACUGACAAAGCAGGGUAACCCUGGCGACCUGAAGACCCUGCGCAAGGGCCUGUCCCUGUACCACUCCGAGUCCCAGCUGUCCUCCCUGCCGCAGUACCCGGACGCCCUGCAGAACCAGGGUUCUGCCAGAACAGCGAACAGCGACACCUCCCCUACAGUGGGUUACCCCCCUUCUGUGCAGAAACCAGAAGCCGUGGUUCACGCUAUGAAGGUCCUUGAAGUUCAUGAAAAACUAGACAAGCAAAUACCAGAAGACUAUGAGGAAGACCUCAGUGAAAAGGAGAAGGCGAUCGUCCGGGAGAUGUGUAAUGUGGUGUGGCGCAAGCUGGGCGAUGCGGCCGGGUCCAAGCCGUCCAUCAGACAGCACCUCUCCGGGAACCAGUUCAAAGGACCUUUGUAGUCGCCUUUCUGGGGCUCAGCGCGAGGGACGGAAUUUUUUUUCAGCUGCGUAACCUCGAAAAUACGGCAAUUCUCAACCAAAAUCGAUUUUUUUUCUCUGACUGCCUACUGAUCACAAGACUCCACCUGCUCGACAAAAAAAAAGCUUGAUCUUCCUGGACCACUUCAGCUACAGCAUAAGAAACUUUUAUUCGUCACUAGCCAACUUUUUGGUACCUCAAGUAUUUAAGACUGGCAGCUAGUUUUAUUUGCCACUCCAGGUAUUGAUUUUGGGUAAAUACAGUGCUAAACUGUGUUUAACUUAUUCCUUCAAUUGCUUUUAACAGUUAUCUUAGAAGAUGGCACUGUGGACGUUAUCAGGCCAUUUGUGGUUUUUUCAGCAUUGACUUUUCGGACAAUCUAUAUGGACGUCGUUUAAUGAUCAGUUGUGUUUGUUCCAGGUUAAAUAAAGUCAAUGGCUAUUGGUUCGUUUUUGAAACCUACUGUCAAAUAGUCCCCUUUACUUGAGAAAUAAGUUCAUUAUAAAUGUAGGAAUCACUUUUUAAGGAAAUAUAAUGGAAUGUAGUGAUAUGUAAAAUACUUAAAAACCAUAGCAAUACUUUGCUGUCGCAGUUUUUUUCUAGAGUGGCCAUUUGUGAGAUAAGAAUUUUCAGACAAGACAAAUCCAAAUUAAUGUAGGCUAUGUUCCCAGAUUAAAAUCUUGUCAACAAAUGAUGGUGAUGUGCUGUGUGUGAAAGUAGACAGCAAGCUGUGCGCACAGUGAAAUCACUAUUUUGCUGUUCAUAUUUGACAAUCGUAUUAGUGGCACUGGGGAAACGGCUUUACCCUCACCCACCUGUGGCUGCAUGGCGGAGGGAUAUCUGAAUGAGGAAGGUGUUAAUUCGGAGGCCUACGCACAGGGCUUAAGUCUACUCAGACUCUCGUAUUUCUCUACUUUUAAUGUGUUUUUUUCCCCCAAGAAUUUGAACCUGUCAUUUUUCAGAAUAAUAUUUCUAUUAUCAGUCUGUUUAACCCUUAAUGGUCUGCUCAGUCGAGCUGUAUCAUUUCUCUGUGAUGUUUUUCCUUGCUGUGCCAGUUAAAGGGUUGAAACACUCCUUCGUCCAGAAUCUUUAUUCAUGCCAUUCAUAUGGUUAUUGUACUUCUGGAGUUCUGAUCACAUAAAUGUAAACGUUGCUGCCACUUUAAACCUAUUUAGAAAUGUAUAUUAUUGGAAUUCUAAAUGUGGAUGCAGCAAGUGACUCCGCAGUGUGAUGGAGUGUGCUUGUGGCUGUUGACUUUUGUUGGAAUGUGCGAACAAAAUAUGCAGGAGUCCUGUGAGGAAGGCUAAGUGAGCUGUUCCAUGUUUGAUUCUCCCAUUCGCAUUGUUUACCCAUUGCUUCCUGAAAAUGUGUACCCUGUUAAUGGGCUUUUAAUGCUGAGGUUUUAAUGUAUAUAUUAAAAAUGACCACACGCAAAUAGGGUCAGCUACGUGUACACUCACCUGAGUCUUCAAAAUAUCUAAUUAAGGAAAAGUGACCUUUGUAAGCAGAUAGACCAUACAACUACUGACUUUUAUAUGUUAUUUCAUUUGGAUACAAAUCAGAUAUAAAGUAGAAUAUUUUCCUAAUGUUAUUCAAAUGCACUGUGGAUGAGAUUUUGAUGUUCAAUUCAAUGUUCUGUUGUAUUUUAUGUUUACCGGAUACACGAUAAACUGGAAUCCUGACGUAUACAGUGCUCUGUAAAUACCACUUCCUCUAGAGUACCUGUAGCUAGCAUGCCUUUAUAACUUUUUUUCAUAAGCUAUAUGUAGCUGGAAUGGACUGGCAUUUUAGCAAGUUAAACAAAUGUUUUAAAAAUCAAAUAUGAAAUUAGGCCACUUUUAGAUGAUUUUGAAAAAAAUAAAAAUAAAGUACUGGCUUUGUA